UCACCCCUAAGUUCCUCCCCAAGGGCCUGGCCUCGUGGGUGGUCCGGCAGCUCCCCCAACUAUUUACUUCCUAGGAGGGGCCAGAGGGUGGGACCAGCCAGGGAGUCUCGAGAGAGACAGGUUGGCUGGUCAGGCGGAUGGGCUCAAACCCCUCCUGAGGGUAGGGAGGGAGCCAAAGAACUUGAGCGCUGUGGGGCGUCCCUCCCUCCUCACUCCACGGCUCAGGUGGAGCCUCCCAGAGGGCAUCUUUGCCAGGGAAAAAGAGAGCCGACCUCUUUUAUCAGCUCUCCGCCCAGGCCCAGCCCACGACGGCUUAGCACACACCCGCCAGGAGGGAGAGGAGAGGAAGAGGAGGCACAGAAGAGACGGGUUCGCCCUUGCAGACCUCCCAGGGGCAGGGCAACCACAGAGGAGUCUGAAGCCACCCUCGGAGGUCCCAGCAGGGACUCACUCGGCUGGGCAGGGGCAGGGCAGGGGCAGCGGUGGCACUGGCUCCCCUGCUUCAGUGGCCGCCCCUUGUAAUUUGACACUUGGAUCUCCAGGACGACCAACAACAAAAAAGCUGAGGCCGAGACAGCAGCUGGCUGUCAGCAGCCAGGAGCUCCACUCCUCUGAGGAAGGCGCCCAGCAGCGGGUCAGGAAAGAGGCAUCCGAGAAGGAAGGAAGAGGUGGUGGCCGGGCGAAGCCAGGCAAGGGAGGCUGCCGGGCUCCCCAGCAUCCGCGGUUGCCCCUCAACCCAACACCUGAGCUCCCAGGUGGGUGGGGACUCCCAGCCCCAUCUCAGUGAGGCCCGGCAGGAGCCCGGCAGGAGCCCGAUGCACCAUGGCAGCCGCCAACUUUGUGCAGGAGAUGCGCUCCAUGGGCGAGAAGCUGCUGCUCAAGCUGCAGAAGCUGCCCCAGGCCGAGCCUGUGGAGAUCGCGGCCUUCUCGGUCAUCCUCCUUUUCACAGCCACCGUGCUGGUGCUGCUGCUGAUCGCCUGCUGCUGCUGCUGCAGGGACUGCUGCUGCCCUGAGCGCAGAGGCAGGAAGGUCCAAGUGCGGCCCAUGAGCCCACCGUGAGGGACAGAGACGAGGAGGAGAAGCUGGAGAGGAGGCUGCCAAGCCAUGAUCCCGCGUGCCAGCCUGGCCCUGCCCGGGAACCCGACACCUGCAGCCUUAUCAAGGAAACAAGGGCUGGUACGGCCACCAAACUCUCACCUGCCAGUGCAUACUGGGUGCCAAGGAGGAGUCACCUGUUUAAAACCUGAGGAAAUUCUUUCCCAACUUGCACUUUCUAACAAAACACAGAAGUGGGGGCCCCAUACCUGGAAGGAGAGCAGCCUGCAGCGGUGGGGAGCCAGCCCAGAGGAGCAGGCCAAUCAGAGGGGCUCUGUGCAACAGCUGCUGGACCCCAAGCUUCCCACCGGGGGGAGCACGUCAGUAUUCUAUUCCGGUAUUUGCCCGUUUCUAUCUCAGUAAAAGCUUUCUGGUUGUGUUUCUGCGGCGCCAGACUCCCUGGCCUGGGCUCUGUGCUUCUGAAGGGCAAGGUGCCAGAAUUCCAGGGGUGUGGCCAGUGACUGUCCUUGCCAGGCCUCUAUUCUCCCUGUGCCCACGAACGCUGGAAAAACACAGGCAGGAAUGCCACGCAAGAGGGAACCAGGGGAAGGAGAGGGUGAAAAUCCAUCAGCACUGGCUGCUACCAAACUCUGGCUACAGGUGCCCCCUCUACAGUGAUGGGGCAGCGUUUGCCCAGGUGCUAGGCUCAGAAACGCCACUCAACAGCUUCGGCUGCCAUUUACUUUAGCCUGAACACCCCACACCCACAGGCUCAGGC